AUGGCUUCUGGCGGCACCGAGCCCACCAUGGAGCUCGAGUGCAAACGGACAAUAUCCGAGCUCUCAAGGAGGCUGGAGCGGUUGGAAGAGUCGCCCGCACCUCAAGUUCUUGGCGGUCGGCCGCCUCCCGGCCCGGAAUCGUCAGGAACCAUCCCUGUGCCCCACCCGGUCGGCGCCGGAUCAGCUAACCUUGUUGGCACAAGAGCCUCCGGGCCAGGUCCCCAGCCGGCCGACCAAGUCUCAACAACAUAUGUCACUCAAUCUGCUUCAACGCCGUCUCACAACACGGGUGAUGUCAUAUAUGGCCCUUCGUCCAACAUCUCAUUCCUACAACUGGUGACGGAGGCCGCGGGCCCGAAAAGUUCGACAGGCAUGAGUCCAGAGGAGCCAACUGAUCUGGGGGCAGAGGACACCAUCCCUACGGUGCUCGGAUUCUCGACGACGACGACACAGCCCAAGAGUCCGGAUCCCCUACCGGAUCCUGUGAUGCUGCCCGAGAGAUGGCUCGCCGACAGCCUCCUCCACUCCUUUUGGGAAUUCGUCCACCCAGUCUUCCCAAUACUACACCGGCCCUCCUUCAUUGCUUCGUUCGAAGCGGUGUGGCAGCCAUCUCGAGGCCGGCCUCCCGCGCGAGAUCACACCGACGUUGUGUUCCACGCGACGUUGAGCAUCGUGCUGGCUCUUGGCGGUCAGCGGACCGACCAGGUCUCGGUCUCGGAGCAAGUCCGCCUGGCGGAGAGCUUCUAUAAGCAAUCCGUCAAGCUCGUUUCAGUCGACACGCUUGACCACUCUUCGCUGCAGGUCGUGCAACUGUUGCUGCUGAGGGGGAUCUAUCUACACUACACGCAACACGCGGACCGCUGCUGGAACACGGUCGGCGUCGCGCUGCGAGUCGCGCAGGGUCUCGGCUUGCAUUCCCAAGGGGACAGGGCAACGUCGGAGAGCCAAGUCAAGAGAGAGAUGAGGCGACGCGUCUGGCACUGUUGCCUUACCUUGGAUAGACUCACGGCAACUACCUUUGGAAGGCCGGUUCUCAUGUCUCGGCAGUACUCUGUCCCACCGCCGGAAGCCAUCGACGACGAGCACUUGUCUGAGACCUCUGAGGGCCUGCAACCGCCCAGACGUCCAUCAUACCUGGCUUUCUUCAUACACUCCGUUGCGCUAUUCGACGUUCUCAGUGACAUUCUCGCCAGAUUUUACACCGAUGGCGACUCUGCUUUGGAGCAGAGACCCAGUUCACUCAGCGAUGUCCUACAGCUCUCAUCAAAACUCGACGACCUUGGCAGCUCCUUCCCGACCUAUCUGAGAGAAGACGCGAAUUUGACUCAGCUGGACGAGAAUCUCCGCGGUUGCUUGCAGAUGCAGGCAAACAUCCUCAAACUCCUAUGGAUUCGUCUUCUGCUACUGCGUCCGCUGCUCUUAGCCGAAGCAAAGCACGGCAGACGACCAGGGACAUCAUCCACACCGGGUGCCAUGCCUCCGACACUCCGAGAGAGUCUAGGGCACUCGGCCAACGUUCUCUGCCUUUCGACGGCCCACGGCGUGCUGCAAGAGCUGUACGAGAAGCUGGGCAGUGUCAGACAGAACUCGGCCUGGCAUGUUCUCCUCUUCACUUUCGCCGCAGCUUCUACUCUGGUAGUCGCUACCUUGUGCCCCGAUCUCCACGUCAGUUUUGAGACGGAGCCGGCGAAAUCGUCGUGGGAUCGAGCUCUGCGUAUAUUUGAUUUUCACAAGAAGCACGUCGCCUCUGCCAGCCGAGGCAUCGAAGUCUUGCAGAAAUUGCGCGCAUCCGUCGUGGCUGCGGUUGCCCAGCGGGAGGCGCCCUGCGGCCCUGACGUCAAUGAGCAGAAGGCUAACUUGAUUUUCUCUUGGCAAGUAGCAACACGCAAUCCGAGUCUCGAGCAAGGAGGCGAUGAUCUCUUGCUCCCGUUCAGCUCUGGGCCUGGUAUGAGCCAUACGCCUCUGGCACAGGACUUUGGCGAUUUUCUGAGUUCUGAUUUACUCAACGAAAGCUGGUUCAAUACGCAGGUCGAUACCAACUAG